AUGUCGGGAGGCACAGGAUGUGCACAGCAUCCUCUCUUUCGGAGUCCCCUCUGGCCAUGCUUGCUGCAUUUACUUUCCAGAGAUCGUCUUGAUUCUGCUCCUGAGACAGAAGUGCUGCGUGAUUCGUAUCGGUUGCCAAUCCCAACCGUUCCAUCGGGGCUCCCCUCUGCACAGAUGCCCACCACACUAGUGUCAAAAUCACAGGUGGGAGCAGCCCCAGAAGGCAAAAAGAGAGCAGAUCUUAGUCAAGGUUCCACUGCUGACUGGGUGGCUGUGGACACCUUUUGGGACCUUGAGGUAUUUGGUUACCAGACCCAGAAUCUACGCAGAGCUCUCUGCCUCAUAACAUCCGUGCUGACCUGUGGGGUCCUUCUCCUGUUAUUCUACUGGAAGCCUCAGUGGAGGGUAUGGGCCAACUGUAUCCCAUGUUCCUUGCAAGAAGCAGACACUAUUUUGCUAAGGACAACGGAUGAAUUUCAAAGACAUAUGAGGAAGAAGGUAAUCUGCCUCUACUUAUCCACACUGAAGUUUCCUGUAAGCAAGAACCCAGAAGAACCCCUGCUGGCUGACUACCACUCUGUCAUAAACCAAGCCAUACUGAAGCCAGAAUUAAAAGUAAGAUGUAUCCAAGUGCAGAAAAUCAGGUAUGUUUGGAACCACUUGGAGAAGAGGUUUCAGAAAGUUGGGUUGCUGGAAGAUAACAGCACCUGCUACAACAUCCAUCAUACGUUUGGACUGGGUCUGACCGGUGGAGAACAAGAGGUCAGAAGAUUAGUGUGGGGGUCAAAUGCCAUUGAGGUUGAAAUCCAACCCACGUGGAAGCUGCUUGUUAAACAGGUUUUAAAUCUAUGCUACGUGUUUCAAGCCUUUACCCUCACUUUGUGGCUGUCUCAGGGUUACAUCGAAUACUCAGUGGCCAUCAUCAUUGCUCUCUCCAUUGUCUUAAGUGUGUACGAUUUGCGACAGCAAUCAGUUAAGCUGCACAACCUUGUGGAGGAUCACAACGAAGUCCAGGUUACAAUCAUUGCAAAAAGGCAAAGUUUGCAGGAGCUAGAGUCCCGUCUCUUGGUUCCCGGAGACAUUCUUAUUCUUCCAGGAAAACUUUCAUUGCCAUGCGAUGCUGCUCUGAUUGAUGGAAGCUGUGUGGUGCAUGAAGGCAUGCUCACAGUCAGUCGACAAAUGUUUAUUAGCCCCUACUAUGGAGCAGACGCUCUACUAGGUGCUGGGGAUACAACUGUGAACAAGGCAGAUUUCUGCCCACAUGGAGUUGACACGCUAGUCUCUCCAAAAGAUACUGCAACCACGGCCCUGCCCCUCCUCUCCAUGCUGUCCCUCCUGUGCUGCCAGCCGCCCUCCCUGACCACAGGCAUCGUGUAUGCACAAAGAAGGCUGAAGAAGAAGAAAAUCUUCUGGAUCUCCCCGCAGAGAAUCAAAAUGUGCAGGCAAAUCAACCUCGUGUGCUUUGACAAAACUGGCACUCUUACAGAAGAUGGACUGGACCUCUGGGGGACUGCUCCUACUGCUGACAACUGUUUCCAGGAAGUCCACAGCUUUGCCUCAGGCAAGGCUCUGCCCUGGGGCCCACUGUGUGUGGCCAUGGCCAGCUGCCACUCUCUGAUCCUUCUCGAUAGGACCAUCCAGGGAGAUCCACUGGACCUCAAAAUGUUUGAGGUCACAGCUUGAAUAACGGAAGAUUGCAAUGUAGACUACUGUAAAUUUGGGAUAUCAGUUUCCAACAUGGUAAUAAAACCAGGACCAAAAGCCAGUAAGUCAAAACUACAAGGAGCCAUCACCAUCUUUCGACAGUUUCCAUUUUCCUGCAGCCUGCAGAGGAUGUCUGUGGUCAUUCAGCGAGGGGAGGAUUAUUUUUGUGUCUAUAUGAAAGGUGCCCCGGAGAUGCUGGCUAGGUUCUGCAGAUCUGAAACAGUGGCUUUCUUCCAAAUCCAGAGAGAGAAGGUGGAGUCAGAGUUAACAUUUCUGGGACUUCUCAUAAUGGAGAAUCACUUGAAAAAGGAAACAAAACCAGUCUUGAAGGAACUGAGCUAGGCCAUCAGGACUGCGAUGAUUACCGGUGACAACCUUCAAACAGCCAUUACUGUUGCAAAGAAUUCUGAAAUGAUUCCUCGAGGGAGCCACGUGAUCCUUGUUGAAGCCAAUGAACCCGAAGAGUUUGUCCCUGCCUCUGUGACCUGGAAGCUGGUAGAGAACCAAGAGAGUGGGUCUGGAAAGAAUGAAACCUACAUUAACAUUGGAAACAGUUCAGUGCCUGAUGGAGAAAGAGGGAGCUGUUACCAUUUCGCAGUGAGUGAGAAAUCAUACCAAGUGAUAUUGCAGCAUUUCAACAGCUUGCUUCCAAAAAUUCUGGUGAAUGGAACAAUUUUUGCAAGAAUGUUCCCUGGGCAGAAAUCUAGCCUCAUUGAAGAAUUUCAGAAAUUAAAUCAUUAUGUAGGCAUGUGUGGAGAUGGAGCUAAUGACUGUGGGGCUUUGAAAAUGGCUCAUGCAGGCAUUUUGCUGUCAGAACAGGAGGCAUCUGUGGCCUGCCCUUUCACCUUGAAAACAGCCAACAUCGAGUGUAUUCCACAUAUAAUAAGAGAAAGCCUCGCUGCUCUCGUCUUAUCCUUGGGGGAGAUCAUGUACGGUAUAAUCCACUUUAUGGGUACAUCACUGCUCUACUGGCAACUACAGCUCUUCAGGAUUUACCAGUAUCUCAUGCCAGAUGUUGCUACUACCUUGAUGGUCUGUUUAACAAUGAGCUCAACUCAUGCCUACCCAAAGCUGGCAUACCAACCAGCAGGACAGCUCCUUUCUCCCCCUUUGCUAUUGUCAGUCUUUUUAAACACCUGCUUCACCUGCAUUGCGCAGGUCUGUGCAUUUCUCUGUGUGAAGCAGCAGCCCUGGUAUUGUGAGGUCUACAGACACAGUAAGUGCUUUCUGGACAACCAGAGUAAUUUCUCAACAAAUGUGAGUUUGGAAAGAAACUGGACUGGAAAUGCAACUCUGAUUCCCAGUUCAGUUUUAAGUUUUGAGAGUACCACGCUAUGGCCCAUCACCACCAUCAACUGUAUCUCAACAACAUUUAUCUUUUCUAAGGGAAAGCCAUUUCGAAAACCCAUCUAUACAAACUAUAUAUUCUCACUUCUGCUGGUAUCUGCCUUGGGCCUCACAAUUUCCAUUCUGUUUUCUGAUUUUCAAGAUAUAUACCAUGGGACGGAGUUCAUCCUAACCAUCACAUCAUGGAGGAUUGCAAUUUUGGUGGCAGCCCUCACCCAAUUCUGUGUGGCCUUCUUUGUAGAAUUUUCCAUCCUUCAAAAUCGAGAGCUCUGGCUACUGAUCAAGAAAAAAUGUGGAAUCCAUUCUAAAAGUCAAUAUAAGAACUGGCAAAAAAAAAAAACAAAACUGGCAGAAGACCCAACCUGGCCUCCCACAAACAGGACAGAUUAUUCAGGCGAUGGCACAAAUGGAUUCUACAUCAACCAAGGCUAUGAAAGCUCUGAACAGAUUCCAAAAGAAAAACUCGAAUUGGGAGGCCAAACCACAGAGCAACAUUUUUGGACCAGAUUGUAA